AAACGACGGGGCUUCAUUUCACGCAUAUAUACACUGCUCCUCACACUAAACUCCACGCCAGUAUUGCCGUAUUCCAGCCCAAGGACCUUGGCGGGUGAGAAUUCCAAGAAUGGGUGCUCGUCGCCAGGCGUCAUCAUGAGCACGUGGUCAUCUAUCCUUGUCUCUUUCUGUCGAUGCAGACGACAUUGAGGAAUUCCUUUGUCCUCAGAAGCACGUCUUGACAGCCUACACACACCAGCAGGUCGACUACCGCCACGAAGUCGACAACGCCCCACCCCCUAGUAAUUGCCACUAAUGACUCCGGCUCCGAUAUCGAAUCUUCCGUCGACAGGCAGGGUAUCCACCGCCAUUCCUUCCUCUAGAAGAGAAGGGGACGAGGAAGUGCGUCCCUAUGUUAUUGUGUCCGAGAUUGGAAAAGGGAGCUUCGCGACGGUGUACAAGGGAUAUCACGAGGAAACCCAUGUUCAGGUCGCAAUCAAGACCGUCAAGAGAGACAAUCUCUCCGCCAAGCUCUUCGACAACCUCCAGAGCGAAAUCCAGAUCCUCAAAUCGCUCUCUCACCGGCACAUAACGAGGCUCACCGACAUCGUGCGUUCAGAGCAUCAUAUCUACCUCAUCAUGGAAUACUGCUCGGGUGGCGACCUCACCGGUUACAUCAAGAAGCGGGGGCGCGUCGAGACUCUCGAGUACAUACCCUCACCUGGCGCAGCACCGCAGUACUAUCCCCAUCCUAGGACAGGCGGUCUCGACGAGGUCGUCCUGCGAAGUUUCCUACGACAACUUGCUAGGGCUCUCAAAUUCCUGCGCCAUCAUAAUCUGAUUCACAGAGACAUAAAGCCUCAGAAUUUACUAUUGAAACCUGCUACGCCCGAAGAGCUUGCCAAGGGUCAUCCUUUAGGUGUCCCACUCCUUAAAGUAGCUGACUUUGGGUUCGCUCGUUCCCUCCCCAGCGCCAUGAUGGCCGAAACACUGUGCGGUUCGCCAUUAUACAUGGCACCUGAGAUACUCGGCUACAGCAAGUACGAUGCCAAAGCCGAUCUGUGGUCUGUCGGCGCUGUUCUUUACGAGAUGGCAGUUGGAAAGCCUCCCUUUCGUGCCCAAAACCACAUUGAGCUUCUGAAGAAGAUUGAGCAUUCAAAGGGCGUCAAGUUUCCGGAUGAAGAUCCUCAAUCGACCGCAGCAAAGAGCGGAGGCGGCGGCAGCACCGACCUUCCUGUACCAAAUGACAUCAAGAAGCUCAUACGUGCCCUGCUCAAGCAGAAGCCGGUCGAACGCGCUAAUUUUGACGACUUCUUUGGCAGCCAGGCUAUGGCGAAAUCAAAGUUCCCUAAACCACGAGAGCCUUCUCCUGAGCCGGAAACCUCAUACGAUGAUGCAAGACCGUGGACUGGACGCCCGCCAACUCCUCCUCAUCAUAGAAUCAUCCCGCCGGAAGUGCUGGAUCCUACGGCAAUGAUCCCGCCAAGCAAGUUCAACUUUAGGAGAACGUCUACAUUAGGUGAUACACCGCAUAUAUAUCCAAUGCCGACUCGGGAGCACGCACCACCACCUCCGAUAUCCAGGCGACAGUCAGCUCAAGUUCCAGCCGCAGUGGAGAAAAAACCUCCGGCACCCGUAGAAGCUUCCGUCAUUCCCGGAGAGACCGAAGAAGAUGGAAUUCUCCGUCGAGAGUAUGUUUUGGUAGGAGACAGCCGCGCUUUGGAGUUCAAUCGUGCAAUAGAUGAACUGAGCUCCGUCCCCCGCAAACCGUUAAAUGACAGGCGGGUACCGCCUUCACCUUCAGUCGAAGACCCAGCAGUAGAUAUCACCUUCCCGCCUCCUCCGCAUCCCUACGCACCGCCACUAUCGAAUUCACCAUCAAGCAUAGCCUCAAGAGCUGCGACAAAUGCCUUAAAUAGGGCGCUCAGUUUAGCCUCUAAGACGCUGUUUGGUCAUCGAUCAUCCCCAUCGCGUGAUUACAGUACACCAUCUUCUCCCCGAAGACCCCAGAUAAUAGCCUUGGAUGGCGAUGGCGAACGGGACCCGCUCGAAGACCAGCUUCUCGCUGACUUGGAAGAUCUAGCGCAGAAAACUGACGUGCUAACUCAUUGGGCUGACGAGAUGUACGAGUACGUCAAGGCUGUACCACAGAAACCUCUUGCCGAUCCGAACAGGUUUGCCAAGCGGGAUGGGGAGGCUGAUCGACAGGCUCGGAGACGGAAGAAUGGCGAGAUGGAAGCUGAAUACAAUGCUGUUACGUGUGUUGCGGUGUAUAUGCUCCUCAUGUCGUUUUCACAGAAGGGCAUCAAUAAGCUGAGAAACCAUCAAGAGCAUAUGAAGAUGCGGCGUCCUGACGGGGAUUUCGUCGUCAGUGAGGGAUUUGAUGAUGCGUUGUCCUGGUUCAAGAAUCAUUAUUUGAAGUGUAACGAUAGAGCGAUAUUGGUCAAGACGUGGUUGCCGGCGCGAUAUGACGGUCCCAAGACGUGGUUAGACCAGCUGGUCUACGACCGCGCGCUCGUAUUGAGUCGCACUGCGGCGCGGAAAGAGCUGCUCGAUCAAGCCACGAGCCGAGAUGAGUGCGAGAAGUUGUAUGAAGAGUCAUUGUGGUGUUUGUAUGCUCUGGAGGAUGAUCUGUUGCAGACGCAGAAUCCAUUUAUGGAUGAGGAUCGAGAGACUAUCGCUACUUGGAUCAAGAGGACCAAGCUACGUCUGGUGCGGUGUCGUGCGCGGAUGAACAUGACUGAGCGCGAACGACUGAAUGAUGUCAGGGCUGAUGUUAAUCUCGUGGAUGUCGCUAGGAUACCAGCGCCUUGGGAUGCGAAGCCUAAACCAGAGGAUAAGCCUCCCGCCCUGCCUUCAACGUGAGGGAACUUGUUACCCAUUGUUUUCCAUGCUUUUUGUUUUUUGGGGUUCAUUGUAUAUAUAUAUCUGUAAUUGGUUGUAUUGUUACUAGCAUCCUUCAUUCUCUCCUUUCAUUCAUUCAUUCAUUCAUCUGUCUCGUUAAUCAAUUACACAAGCAUGAGGACAUUGCCAAUCUAUAUCACAUAUAUCUGUAUGCCUGUAGAUCUUUUUAUCACGUCACUGUCAGAAAUCGAAGCUCUUG